ACCCGAGCGAUUUCCCUUCCCCUCCCUCCCCCCUCCCCCUUCCCCACCCAAAUCGCUGCCAUUUCGCCAAUCCCGGCGGUUCCCGCGGGCGCACGCACGCACGCCACUCCUCGCCCCCUAGCUUCCUCUUCCCCGGCCGGUGGCGACGACGACGAGCCGGUGCUACGGAGACUAGCUAGGUCUGCGGCGGCGGCAUUGGCGGCGCUUGGAUGAGGAGGUAGCACUCGGAGGUGCGCGCUCGGUGGUGGUGGUGGGAAGGGGCGGCGGAGGCGGCGGUUGCAUGCAGGCAGGCCGGCAGCCAUGUAUUUCGCCAGGCUCGAUGACUCGCCCAUGUUCCGGACGCAGAUACAAACACUUGAAGACAGUGCUGAAAUACUGAGAGAGAGGUGUUUGAAGUUCCAUAAAGGUUGCCGCAAAUACACUGAAGGACUAGGAGAAGCAUAUGAUGGAGAUAUUGCAUUUGCAAGCUCACUUGAAACAUUUGGAGGAGGCCACAAUGACCCAAUCAGUGUUGCGUUUGGUGGACCUGUGAUGAACAAAUUUACAAUUGCCUUGAGAGAAAUAGGAACAUAUAAGGAAGUCCUGCGCUCCCAGGUUGAGCAUAUGCUAAAUGACAGAUUGCUGAGUUUUGUAGAUAUUGAUUUGCAUGACGUUAAGGAUGCUCGGAAGCGUUUUGACAAGGCUAGCCUCUUGUAUGACCAGGUUCGUGAGAAAUAUUUGUCAUUGAAGAAAGGUACAAGAGCAGACAUAACAACUGCCAUUGAAGAAGAGCUCCACAGUGCUAGAUCUUCAUUUGAGCAAGCUCGUUUCAACCUGGUCACUGCAAUUUCGCACGUUGAGGCAAAAAAAAGAUUUGAGUUUUUGGAGGCUGUUAGCGCAACGAUGGAUUCACAUCUUCGAUAUUUCAAACAAGGAUAUGAACUACUGCAUCAGAUGGAACCAUAUAUUAAUCAGGUUCUUGCCUAUUCGCAGCAAUCCAGAGAAAGGGCAAACAAGGAACAAGCUUCUCUUGUAGAGAGGAUGCAUGAGUACAAAAAGCAGAUAGAUCGUGAAAGUCGGUCUUCUGCAAAUGGUUUGAUUGAUUCCCAUAAUGUUGAUGGCAUGCAAACAAUUGGUAGAAGUUCGCAUAAAAUGAUUGAGGCAGUGAUGCAGUCAUCCUCAAAAGGCAAGGUCCAGACAAUUCGUCAAGGUUACCUCUCAAAGAGAUCUUCAAACUUAAGAGGCGACUGGAAAAGAAGGUUCUUUGUUCUCGAUAGUCGAGGAAUGCUGUACUAUUAUCGCAAGCAAAUUACCAGGCCACCUGGUGUUUGUCCGAUCCAAAGAACCAACAACCCACCUGAACAUGGCUCUGGGUUGCUUAGCAGAUUGUUCUCUUCUCAUUAUCAUAUACAUGAUGAGAAAUCUGUUGCACGGCAUACUGUAAAUUUGCUGACAUCAACUAUUAAAGUUGAUGCAGAACAAUCAGAUCUGAGGUUCUGCUUCAGAAUUAUUUCACCCAUAAAGAUCUACACAUUGCAGGCGGAGAGUGCUAUAGAUCAGAUGGAUUGGAUCGAGAAAAUUACUGGUGUCAUUGCAUCUUUGCUGAGCUCACAAUCCCCAGAACAGUGUCUUAUGCAAAGCCCUAGGAGCUGUGGCCUUGACCGGAGUGCCAGUGAGAGUAGUUCAUAUACCAGUUCUGCGGAACUCGAAGCUUCCACAAGCGAUGAUCUAGCAAUGGAAAGGAACAAUGGACAAUAUGAUCCCAGAUCCACACACCAGCACCGAAUGAGCAUCAAACCCGAAAAACCGAUUGACUUGCUUAGGAAAGUUGAUGGUAAUACUAUUUGUGCUGAUUGUGGUGCUCCGGAACCUGAUUGGGCAUCUUUAAAUCUUGGUGCCCUUUUGUGCAUAGAGUGUUCUGGAGUACACAGAAAUCUUGGAGUGCAUAUAUCAAAGGUAAGAUCUCUGACUCUCGAUGUCAGAGUCUGGGAGCCAUCUGUUAUCAAUCUCUUUCAAUCAUUAGGCAACAUGUUUGUCAACAGAGUUUGGGAAGAAACAUUGACUUCAUCAAACAAUGGUUAUUCUGGUGAUAAUACAAGUGUUAAUGGAUCACAGACAGCACAAUACUUCACUGUCAGCAAGCCUAAGCACUCGGAUCCUUUCUCUUCCAAGGAAAAGUUUAUCCAUGCCAAGUAUGCUGACAAGGAAUUUGUACGGAGGCAUAGCAUUGAUGAGAUUCACGUAGCUCAGCAGAUGUGGGAUAAUGUAACUGCAAAUGACAAGCAAGGUGUAUACAGUCUCAUCGUGGCAUCACACGCCAACGUAAAUUUAAUUUAUGGACAGAUGGCUUCCGGUUUGUUUCUGAAUCUUGGAAAAGCACUUCUACAAGAGCAGCCAUCUUCACCAUCUGAUGGAAGCCCUAGAUUUUUUGACUGUAAUUCACAUGAGAAGGUUUCUCCUAGAGAGUCGCUUUCUCCUGCCAGCACAAGUUCGCACGUAGAUGACUUGGAUGAUAGAUAUGAAGGUUUCUCCUUGCUUCAUCUUGCAUGCCGUGUUGCAGAUGUUGGGAUGGUUGAAUUACUUUUGCAGUACGGUGCUAGUGUAAAUCUGUCUGAUUCAAGAGGUCAGACACCCCUUCAUCACUGUAUUUUGAAAGGGAGACAUCAACAUGCUAAGCUUCUGCUCUCCAGGGGAGCCAACGCACACGCCACAGACCGGGAUGGUAGAUCAGCAUUACAGUAUGCAAUGGACCGUUCCUCGAGCGACGAAGAUAUUCUCAUGAUAUUAGAGGAGCACUAUAGAUAAUCCCGCAGGCACGCCUUUUCACUUCAGGAGAGUAUGUCGCCCAGCAUAAAAAAGAGUUAAAAAACACAGAUUACGCUGUGGCGCGAGAGUAACUCAGCUCCAGACUCUGAUAGUCUCCCGGCUCAUCUUGCUGACAGUCCGAAGCAUGCGGCAUGAACAGAACCUAUUCUUGUUCUGGAGAUCCUGCAACAUGACCAUGUGCCGCCUGUUCAUUCUCUUCUCCGGUUCUUCGAUUUUAGCACGAGCCGGCUUUUGUUUAUUCACCUCGCAGAUGGGCUGGUUGAUGUUUGCAGGCGGUGCGUAGUUAAGUUUUUGUAUAUCGAGUUGCUUCUAUUUAUUUCCAUCAUCUUCCCAUCUAACUAUCUAAGGGUUGAAAGAUGGUUGUACAUAUGGAGACAUGUCAUUGUGAUUUAUGGAAUACUAUGAAAUAUACUGGACAUGAUCUAGUCAGUUGUGAGUUGUAACACCUGCUGAUAUCUUGUGGCUGCUGCAGCUGCCUGUCAUUUGCAGCAGAAGAGCCAGCAGCUAGCAGCCCUAGCAUAUCAUCUCUAGAUGAGAAGAUGAAAAUGUCUUGUGCUUUCCUGUGGUAUUUCUUCUCCAAUUGGACUGAUCUGUAUGUAUGGGUUAUUACAUUUCAAUUUCAUGUGUGUAUCUCUUUCUUGUA